UGAUUGUCUCUACAUGUUCUUUACAGAAUCUACACCAGUCAUGUGUUUAACAUUGAUGUUUUAAGAUAAUACCUGGAAAGAUUUUAUGUAAAAUCCUAAAUUGUAGCCAUUCAGUGGAAGAAUCAGUUAAUGUUUUGAAACAAAUUUUAAACACACCUUGCACUGAAAUAUCAUCUAUUCCAUUUGGAGUUAAUUCAGCCUUCCAUUUGCUUUGGAUAUCCCCCUUUUCAUUAAAAAAAAAGUUGUAAAUGACCGAACAUCUUCGUGUAACAAAACAGGUUAAACAAAUACAGGCAUACAUGGAUUAGGAAUUCUUUUGGCUAAAUCUAAGUGUUUUUAAUUGCUGUUAUAAGUUUGUCCAACUCUUAAUUUUGCAUUCCUUAUAAGAGAAGAGUAAAAGACAACAAACAGUGACCACUCUCAUAAAUCCUAUUUAGCGAUGAAAAAUGAAACCUUCUCCAACUGCUUAACCGAUUUUUGUCGUUGGUCCUUGUUUUUUUUGUUUUUUUUGUUUUUGUUGGGUUUUUUUUUUUUUUUUUUUUUUUAGACUAUUAUGUUUUCUUAAUUUCGGAGGUAAAUGUCCCUUUACUACAAAAAACUCUUUAUUUUCAUUUAUACAUUUGAAAAGAUAUUAUUGAAUAGAUGAAGAUAAUGGACAGUGAUCAAUCUUCAACUCCUAUAAGGAAUAAGCCUACAAAAUCAAGAGUUGGGCAAACACAAAUCUCUGGAUAUACCUGGAUAUUAUGAUUUUUCAGAAAUGAAAACAGUGAAUGCUGCAUUCAACAAGACUGCAUGGAUGAGUACGAUAUAUCCACCGUCCAAACCAUAUUACGUGGUUGAUGGCGAAGUUGUAUUGGACGGCCAUGCGGGUCAGUGCUCACACACACUUGCAGAGUACAACCCGUGGAUAGCUAUUGAUUUAGGCGCCAUCUACAUCAUAAAAUACGUCACUCUCGUCAACAGAAUCGACGACCAUGGUGAAAAACUACACGAUGCCUUUGUUAGUUUGGGUGAAACAGAUUCAGUCUUUCCAGUGGAGUGUGGACAGUACAAGGGCCCUGGUCUGGACGCAGAAGUGGUCCACGUUAUAUGUCCAAAUAACACACGUGGUCGUUUUGUGAAAACCGAACUUAGGGGUCCAACCUUAAACGAGGUUGUGGUUCUGUGUGAAAUUAGGGUUUUAAUUUCUUAAGAGAAAGCAAAGUGACAAAUACUAUUCCGAAGAAAAUAUAUCAUGUAAAUAGAAUACUAUGAGUGAUUUUGAUGUACACGUAUUCACUAUUACUGCUAUUACAAUAUAGUGCUUGUUAUGAGUUUGUUUUACAUUUAAUUUUAAUCUUACUUCCUUUUAUUUGAUCCAUUUAUUCUUAUUACCGCAUAAUUUGUAAAUAUUUUCGCCACUGAAACCUUUCCUUUAGAAAUAAUUUGCUUUAUCAAGCUGGAUAUAAUAAAAUAUUGUCCACGCAAUAUCUAAAGAACCCGCGUUGCUUGUCAGUUACCAAACUUGGUACAGUGAUUGCUCCAAGGGAGUAGAUGGUCCCUUUUGAUUUCAAGAUCACAAGG